AUCUCCUUUGUGGAUAACGUAACAUAACAUAAUAACAUAAUGGUUAACUUUGAUAGUUGACUUUCCACUUCUAAAACAAAGUACCGCUGAUAUUACAUUACUGUUUAAUAUAUGUUUUAUUUUGAAUUUUACGAAGCCAACGAUAACUUCCAAUAACUAAGUAUGGGAAGGAAAAGUGCUGUUGCCUCCGAAAAAUCAUUGCGACGAUCGGCUCGAAUCAGAACCAUGGGCGCUUUGUCAGAGGAAUCGGAGAAGACAACAAGGCCUGAAAGCAUGCACGCUAUUUCGGAGGAUGAUGAAGAGGCACGCAAAUCUGCCAAACAGCCUACAUCUCGGAUUCCAACUUUUCAAAGUUCACUAGCUCGUAAAAAGCCUGUUAGUAGUGCAGAAUCGCUUAGUUCAAGUCAGUCCCGACAGGAGGCAUCAGCUAUAACCAGUCAGACUAAAGACAAAGUAAGUCAUGCAGGAGAAAUGCCGAAAACCAAAUCCCUCAGUGGAAGAGAAACGGCUCUCCCUCUUCCCUCUGUUCACCUACCAGGAAUGUUCUCUGAUGCUCAUGCCUUUGGUGAUCAUACCAGUUUUUCAGACGCCACUGGACUUUCUGCCAGCAGGAAAGACUCUCUUAAACAAGGAAUUCCAGACCAGCUUCAACGACCCUCACUCCGAUCUGAUCCAGAGUCUAGCAGACCAGAGUUACCUGAUUCUAUCCCCGAGUUUGCCUCUGAAGCUUCAUGUCCAGAUCAAGAUACCACAUCUGAAGAUGUGCAGGAGCUGUCAGAUACCGAUUUUGAAGAUCAGAAAGAAACACAAGGGACCUCCAACAGCACUGAUGAAGAGACUGACUUUGCUUUAAAAGAGGAAUCCUUUGGUCUGGAGGAAUGCCUAGAAGAAACUUUUCCUCUGAAACAGACGGAAUGUCUAAUUGAAGGGACAGAUCACGAGAACUUGAUUACGGGAGAGGAAUGUACCACAGAGGGGGAGAAAGUGAAGGUUGUUUCCUCAGAAUCAGUGAAGACUGAAGAACUACUUAUGGAAUGCUCUUCACAAGAAGAGGCCCACAGUGGGUUAGAUAGAAAUACAAAAUUGUCAAAGGAUUCUGAGGCACUUGCAAGCAAACUUUUGUCAUCUCCAGAUGAGGUAGGGGGGGAAAUGGAUGAAUCAAAUGUAUCUUCAAGUCAAAGCACUCCAAAAUCUUCAUCAUCAGCAAAGGCACACAGAGGGAGCUUUGCACUCUUCUGUUUGCUCCCAACCACUCUCUUGCUUUUGGGUGGAUUUGGUCAGCAUGUUUGGCUCUAUGGCAUUCCUAAAUCUACGUCGCACCUACUGGAUCAACUGGAAUUACACUGGCUAGAGGGAUUCUGGAUGCCUCAAGAGCACUGCACUUCAGAUUGUCGUUUCAGCUUGGUUGAGAGUAUUCCUGAAGGUUUAGUAUUUGCACCUGGAUCACCACUCCUGCCAAGCAUUUCACAAACAUGGAAGGAUCUACUCGACAAGGCAAACAAAUCUGUCGAUAUUGCAGCUUUCUACUUCACCCUCAGAGAUAGUGACUUGGGUCUUACAGAGCCCAGUGCAGAUGAGGGGAGACAGGUGUUCACCAAGCUGAUGCAACUGCAGCCGAGAGGAGUGAAACUCCGCGUAGCCGUCAACAGUCCUCAGUCAUAUCCAAUGGACGUGGAGGAGCUAGCCUCUGCAGGUGCAGAAGUGCGACCUGUUGACCUCCAGUCUGUGACUGGGGGCAUCAUCCACACCAAGAUGUGGGUUGUGGACAAGAAGCACUUCUAUGUUGGAAGUGCAAAUAUGGACUGGCGGUCUCUCACCCAGGUGAAGGAAGUGGGAGUGUCUGUGGAGAACUGCAGCUGUCUGGCGCAGGAUGCGGCACGGAUAUUCGGGAUCUACUGGGAUAUAGGUGAUCGGAAAAAUGGUUCUCUUCCACCCUACUGGCCUGGGCGGUUCUCUGCCUUGUCCAGUGCCAAUCAUCCUCUUGUUGUUAAUGUCAACGGUGUCCCUGCACGUGUCUAUCUGUCUAGUGCCCCUGGCCCACUGUCUGCUCUAGGACGCUCUGGUGAUCUCUCAACCAUUCUGUCUCUGAUCGCUGAUGCUAGAAAAUUUAUCUACAUAUCUGUAAUGGACUAUCUUCCACUAUCGCAGUACACCACUCCAGUGAGGUUCUGGCCUCCAAUAGACACAGCCAUACGAGAGGCAGCGUGUGCUAGAGGAGUAGAGGUGAAUAUAAUGGUCAGUUGUUGGAACCACUCUCCACGAUCCAUGUUCAUCUUCCUGGAGUCUCUGAGUGUUCUUAGCCAACCUCCUCUGCAGUGUAAAGUCAGAGUGAAAGUUUUUCAAGUUCCAUCUACAACUGCACAACAAGAGAUCCCCUUUGCUCGAGUGAACCAUGCUAAAUACAUGGUGACCGAUCGUGUUGUCUACAUAGGAACUUCUAAUUGGUCAGAGGGCUAUUUUACCCAGACGGCAGGUGUUGGCCUGGUGGUUAAUCAGACUGGAUCUGAGACUGCCGAGGGACAGAAGACCAUGCAAAGUCAACUGCAGGGGAUUUUUGAGAGAGACUGGAACUCCGCCUUUGCCGGCGAUCUUUCAAAUAAACAUGUUCAACAGUGUGGGAAAAAAUAAGGCAUAUUUAAGGCAUUGUUUAUAAGUUUACAACAUUUUUUGGGUAUAUGCACUUCCUUUUAAUACUGAUUUUGUCAUGCAAGCCAAUAAUUUAACCGGUUCAGUACCCAAAGAUACAUACCCAAACAUCUGCUACCUGUACUACCUGUUCUACCUGGAUUGUAUGUAUUUGCUUGUUUUACUUUUUUAUGAUGCAUGUUUUUUUCCCUUUGUGUCCUUGGUUUUGAACUUGUCGAGCAUUACCACUUUUUCUUGUUCCUCUAUUAUAAUGAAGUCUUUCAUUGUCUGAGCACAUGCAGAAAAAAUUGAUUGGCUCAAGGAAAUGCCAGAAUGUGUAUAUAAUAUUGCCAUGCUGCCUUUGUGUAGAUGGAUAUUUAGCCAUGAAAACAUUAAAGUGCGUAGCCCGGGA